AUGGGUUCAAUCUCCUCCUUUUUCUCAUUAGAAGUGCCACCACAACAUCAAGUUUUCAUCAGUUUUCGUGGGUCGGAAUUACGCAUGAACUUCGUCGCUCAUCUCGUCAGGGCAUUGAAAAGAAAUAUUAGUGUCUCUAUCGACACGGACGAACACAUUGGCCAAACGCUAGAAACAAUAUUGAGCAGGAUAGAGGAUUCGACUAUCGCUCUGGUUAUCUUAUCCAGCAAGUACACCAAAUCAACAUGGUGCUUGAGAGAGCUCGCAAUGAUUGUGGACUAUAUGGACAGAGGCAAACUCGUGGCUAUUCCGAUCUUCUACAAGGUGGAUGUAUCCACCGUGAGAGGUCUGAGGGGAGUGUUUGGUGAUAAAGCUUUGAAGUCAAUUUGCGAUAGACAGCGCAUCACGGUGGACAAUACAAGCGACGAAGGCGAAAUAAUCGAAAAAUUGUGGAAAUUGUUAAGGAAAGGCUUUACGAACUUACAUUGGAGCCAACAAAAGGCUAAGAGUACUUUUGGAAUCAAACAAAGAUUGAAUGAAAUGAAAGAGAAGUUGAAUCUCAAUAAAAUUAGAAGGCAGCUAGGAAUGAUUAUAGGUUGUCUUUUGCUUCUCUUUUUUCUUCUGCAACAAUUUGCUUAUGUGAGCACACGUUUAAUUGGUGCGGGGGGUGUCAUCAAUGGAAUUUGGAAGAAUGUACCAAAAGUAUUAGAGUACAUUCAUGCGGAGGGAAAAGAGCAUCCACGGGACACAUAUACUGAAAUUUAUACAGGUGAAUAUGGAGCAAAGCCUGAGAGAUCUUCUUUUAAGGCUGAAACGAAUGCUGAUUUCCAUGACAGAACUUUCACCAGCUCUCCAAUGAACGGUAAAGUUAAGCCACCGCAAAUUCAAGUUUUCAUCAAUUUCCGCGGAGAGCUGCGCAACAAUUUUGUCGGCUAUCUAGUAAAUGCACUUCAGAGAAGUGAGAUCAACGUCUUCAUAGACGAUCAGGAGCAAAGAGGGAAAGACCUCAACACUCUUUUCAAGACGAUCGAGGAUUCUGGGAUUGCCAUAGUUGUGUUUUCGAGCAGGUACACAGAAUCAAAAUGGUGCUUGGAAGAGCUUGUGAACAUUAACGAACGUGUGAACCAAAGCCUGCUCGAGGUGCUUCCCAUCUUCUACAAGGUGACUCCAACCAAUGUGAAAAGACUUAAAGGAGAAUUUGGUGACCAUUUCAGAGAUAAAGAGUACACAUACGAGUAUGACGAACCUAUGUUAAAGCGAUGGAAAAAGGCAAUCUAUGAUGUCUCCCAUAAGUUUGCCUUGACUUUCGAUGAAAAUAGCAGCGUACUGGAGAUUUAUUUCAUUGAAACUAUCGUCAAGGAGGUCUUGAAAAUGCUUCAAGCCAUUUCCAAAGUGGAAAAAGACCAAUCCUCUCGCUAACCUUUUCGUGGAGAAAGAGGAAAUUAUCUAGGAUCAAAUUAUAUUUUUUGGUAAAUUUUCUUAUACCAAAGUUUUGCAAUAAUAUAGCAAUGAUAGAACAAAUGGGGAUAUCACACAGACCAAUCAUUAUUCACAUUUCACAGCAUGCUUCAAAAGCUUAUAGACAGACAAUAGAGUUUUUGCUUUUGUUCUCUCUUUUGGUAUUAUUGGUAUAUGAGAACAGUAGAAAGUGUUUUUUU